ACAAAUAUGGGGAAAGUCAGUCCAACAUUAUCCUCCAUCUCCCAGUCUGGAUCCUCAGCUCCUCCCCCCAUGCGCGCGGGGCUUCAUUUGAUCAAAUCCUUCAACUUGGACCACUUUUUACAACACGGCAUUUGAGCAACGCCACAUCUCGCGCAGCACUUCCUCUUCCACAGCCGAGAGGGCAGUUUUACAACCCGGGGAAGGAAGAGAGAAGAGUGUGGGGGGGAAAGGACUUCUUGCAUCCUCAGCAUCCUUCUCUGCCGCCAGCAAUGGAGAGGGAGGUCAUAUUUUGCCCGAAGUGGCACGGUGCGUUUUGGUUUGUGAUUUUGAUGAUGCUCUGCUUCUUUCAUGCCGCCAAAGCUGAGAUAACUUGCAGGUCAUGCCAGCCUGGGAAUAAGUGGCGUGCGCAAGAAUUACUGCUGAAAUUCGACACGAGUGAGUCCGCAACAGGGUUAAAGGGAGAAGUUUUAGGACACGGAGACGGGGCAGGGAGAGCCGCGGCUGCAAGUGCCGAAAGUCGGCGGCCUCGUUGCGCUGCCGGGUUCGUUAAGUGCGCUCCAGACCAGGCGGAACGCACGGAGCCGAGUCUGGAACGGAAUACGGACAACCUGCACGCUAAAGGUGAAAUCGGGGCGCGCGAGUUAGCAAAGAUGAAAGUUUCCAAUGUUAAAAUGAGUAGUCAGCAGGAGGGCAGCGCCGGCGAGGGGUUGACUCCUGGCGCCCGGUACGGAAAGCGCGCCAGGAGGAACAGUGAUGAUGAGAAGACCAGAUCCCCCGGUUCAGCCCGGAGUCGAGACCCGGGAGAGGGCACGCGCCCGGCGGCUGGCCGGAGAGUGCCGCGCUGGAGCGGUGAUGAGCCGCGGAGAGCCGCCGCUCCGAGGCACGAGGAGCUCAAACUUAACAGUUCAACGUUCGCCUUGACCGGGGAUUCAUCUCACAACCAGGCUAUGGUGCACUGGUCCGGCCAUAACAGCAGCGUGAUUUUGAUGCUGACCAAGCUAUUUGACUUCAACCUCAACAGUGUGACUGAGAGUUCAUUAUGGAGGUCAACUGACUACGGAGCAACGUACCAGAAGCUGAAUGACAAAGUAGGAGCAAAGACGAUACUCAGUUAUUUGUACGUGAGCCCGAACAACAAGAGAAAGAUCAUGCUGCUGACUGAUCCAGAGGUGGAGAGCAGUCUUCUGAUCAGCUCUGAUGAAGGGGCUACCUACCAGAAGUACCGGCUGAACUUCUACAUCCUCAGUCUGCUCUUCCACCCCGAGCAGGAGGACUGGAUUUUGGCCUAUAGCCACGACCAAAAGCUCUACAGCUCGGUGGAGUUUGGGAGGAGGUGGCAGGUGGUGCACGAGAGAGUGGCUCCCAAUCGCUUCUACUGGUCGAAAAUGGGUUUGGACAAAGAGCCAGGCUUAAUUCACCUGGAAACCAGCAUCUCUGAAGGACAGGCGCUGUAUGUCACCUGCAAGCUGCAGAACUGCACAGAUGCCAACAAGGGCAAACCAUUCCCUGGCUACAUUGACCCCAAUUCUCUGGUGGUGCAAGAUGAGUAUGUGUUUGUCCAGGUGUCAGCUGCAGGGAGGCCCAUCUACUAUGUGUCUGCUAAAAGGGAUGUCUUUACACCAAUGAAGCUGCCCAAGUACACACUGCCCAAGGACCUGCAUGUGAUCAGUACGGAUGAAAACCGUGUGGUUGCAGCCGUACAGGAGUGGAACCAGAACGAGACCUACAACCUGUACGUGUCGGACACGUCAGGGGUCUACUACACCCUGGCACUGGAGAACGUGGUCAGCAGCAUGGGCCCCGAGGGCAACGUCAUGAUCGACCUCUAUGAGGUAGCAGGAAUAAAGGGGAUGUUCCUCGCCAACAAAAAGACGGAUAACCAAGUGAAGACGCACAUCACCUACAACAGGGGCAGAGAUUGGAGGUUACUGCAGGCCCCGCGCAAAGACCUGAGGGGCAACAGCAUUCACUGUGUGCUGCCCUACUGUUCAUUACAUCUCCACCUUCAAGUGUCUGCCAAUCCCUACACAUCUGGAAACAUAGCCAGCAGGGACUCGGCACCGGGGAUCAUCGUCGCAUCAGGCUCCAUCGGCUCGGAGCUGUCCAGCACCAAUGUCAGUGUGUUCGUCGCCUCGGACGCAGGAAACACAUGGAGACAGAUCUUCGACGAGGAGUAUGCAGUGCUGUAUCUUGACCAGGGAGGAGCCUUAGUUGCAAUAAGACACACUCCGCUUCCCAUCCGACACCUGUGGUUGAGCUUUGACGAAGGACUGCAGUGGAACAAGUACAGCUUCACCAACACGCCUCUGUUCGUGGACGGGGUGCUGGGAGAGCCUGGGGAGGAGACUCUCAUCAUGACGAUCUUCGGCCACGUCAGUCAUCGCUCGGAGUGGCAGCUGGUGAAAAUCGACUUCCGGUCCAUCUUCAACAGGAGGUGUACAGAGGCCGAUUAUCAGACGUGGCACCUUCUCAACCAGGGCGAGCCGUGCCUCAUGGGAGUGAAAAGAAUCUACCGGAAGCUGAAGCCCACGUCCAGGUGCGUUAUGGGAAAAACAUACUCUGUGUCCAUGACGUCGGGCCCCUGUGACUGUACAGAGGCUGACUUUGAAUGUGAUUAUGGCUACGAGAGGCGGACCGAUGGCAAGUGCACCCCUGCCUUUUGGUUCCAUCCGUCCUCCAUGUCCAGGAGUUGCACCACGGGGAUGACUUUCCUUAACAGCACCGGCUACAGGAAAGUGGUCUCUAACAACUGUACGGCUGGAGUGAGCGUGGAGUACACAGCCAGGAGGCAGCAGUGUCCCGUCCAAGCACCCAAAGGUCUCCACCUGGUCACCAGCGAGGGCACGCUGAGCGCCACACUGGGCACCAACGUCACCUUCCUGCUUUUUCUGGAGGAGGGCGACGGGGCAAGGACAAGCAUCACGCUGGACUUCGGAGACGGCCACGCUCUCACCUACUCCAACGUGAGCUCCAUUGAGGACGGGAUCAAACACAUCUACAAAGCCGUGGGAAUCUACCGAGUGACUGCCACCGGGGAGAACAGCCUCGGCUCAGAGACCGUCAUGCUCUACCUGCAUGUAACAUGUCAGCUGGAGUAUAUCCAUCUCUCUGCUCCCUUUGUGGCGGUGAGGAAUAAGGAAGUGAACCUGACUGCUGUUCUUUGGCCCAGCCAAGUGGGAACGGUCACCUACAUCUGGUGGAUCGGAAAUAACACAGAGCAGCCAGUAAUCACCCUGGAGGGAAGUGUGGCAUGCACAUUCUCCCGGGAAGGCAUCAGUACAGUCACUGUACAGGUGUCUGCAGGGAAUACUAUUCUGCAGGACAGAAAAAGCAUCGCUGUCCACGAAUAUUUCCGCUCUCAUCUGCUCGCCUUCUCAUCAAACCUGGACGACCACAACCCUGAUGUUGCAGAAUGGAGGCUGGACGUGAGCCGAGUCAUCAAGAACUCUCUGAUCGAGGCCACAGGCGUGCGAGAGGAUCGGCUUCUGGUCACCGUCCUCCCAGGUUUACCCACAGCAGCAGAGUUUUUCCUUCUGCCUGACAAACAGCUGAAUGAGGGGAAAGCAGAGAAGAGCUCCGCUCAAUUAGAUCAGCUCUCUGAGGUUUUGCUCAACGCCUUGAAUCAAAACCUUGUCCAGUUCACGCUGCGGCCAGGGGUCCAAGUCACCGUGUAUGCAGCACACUUAUCAGCAGCGCCCCUAGUGGACACCAGCGAGAACCACAGUGGCUCUGCCAUGCUAAUGCUGUUAUCAGUAGUGGUUGUGGGUUUAGCUGUAUUUGUCAUCUACAAAUUCAAGAGGAAGAUCCCAGGCCUCAACGUCUAUGCGCAGAUGCAGAACGAAAAAGAACAAGAAAUGAUGAGUCCAGCUAAUCCAACAGGGGCCACGCCCAGCUCACAGCGGGACUUGGUUCAUUCUUUGGAGAUUCUGGACACAGAAUUUAACUCACGGCCCAUAGGAUGUAUGAAACCUCAUGUACAUGUGAAAUUCUCCACAGAACUCCCUACGUACAUCGUCUAAACUCUGGACUGGAUUACCACUCCAGCUGCGUCAUGGAUAUAUAUUUUUUUUUUUUACCAUUUGGGACACAAUGGUUUUGAGCUUUAUACCUGUGCAUGUUGGACCCUGCUGACACAUACUGUGCUCUGUUGAAACCAGAAGAAACUGUGUACAGGUUUUUUUCAUUUUCUUUCAACAUAUGUCUGAUAAAUUAAACAUUAAAAAAAAUCCCAUUUAUUUAUACAAGUCAGAUACAUAAUUCAGAGGGAACGACAGCAUGAACUGGAGAUGGUAAAAAAUUAAAUAAGCAACAAUGUUUUGGUUUGGCUUACAUGUCUGAGAUUGGUUUGCUGUUCUAUGAAGCUAACAGCAGUAGUGUGUUAUUUAUUAUUCAUAUGAAUAUACUUUUAUGAAGUAUGUUAUUGAAGUGAAUUACACAUUUAUUUUGAAAUCAAUGUCUAUGUUAUAAAUUUGUGUAUUUUAAUAACAUGUCAUACUAAACAGAAAUGCUGUUAUAAAAUAUGAAUAGGGUACUUCAAAGCUUUUUGUCUAUUGUCUCUUGGAAAGCUGAUUUAUGGCACAAUACACAUUUUCUACUGAAAUGUUUCUUUUUUUCUGAUUUUAAUUUAUUAACAAAAAUACAGGGUUUGGUUUUCUGGAUUCAUUUAACCUUUGCUGUUAAUCUAACGCUUCUGGUACUAUUUAUGAUACAUACCAGUUUGUAAAAUGUUUUGUGCUUCAGAAUAAGAGACCACUUGAUGGCUAAGGUGCUACACUGCACCUUCCGAUUGCAAGUGAUCCCCAAAUAUUACACCUUUUAGGAAUAGCAGACAAAACCGUGUGACAGGAGAACUAUCCCACAAAGAAAAGUACGCCAAAGUGAUCCUCAACCACACCCCGAUCACAGCCAACAUCCCUUCUGCAGGCAGAAUACAAUUUAUCAAAGCUCAGAUUUAAGGUGGCAGUUGGAAUGAGAUACAACUACUUUGUGGGAGAAUCCAAAGAGCAUGGGAGCGAGAAAGAGAGAGACAGAGAGAGAGCGAGACAGAGAGGUUAAGAGAGAUGGAAGAGUGCUUUUUGGGGCCAUGGCGCAUUAAGAGCGUUCUAUUGGACAGCAUAAAAAGAGGUUGACUUCUUGAAUACUUAAUGUGGCCAGUCAAGCUCAAGGCUGGCUAAGGUUGGUGACACAUUUAGGCUAAUGUCCUGGCCCGCUCUCCAGUAGCAACCAUCUUCAUCCCAGCUCAUUUAACUGCACUGUAGGAGCAGGAGUGGAACUAGAGUGCAGAUGCUACCAGGCUACACGGAUGGUUAGCUUGUUCAGAGGACUGUCGAGCCCUGUGGUACUUUGUGCGCGAAAUCUGACAGAUGUAAAUGCCUGAUUGAUGCCUUUCAAAUCUUCAGAGGCAACCUUACAGGAUUAGUAUUCACUCUUUUUACUUUGUGGAGAUGUGUAAAUACAGAGGGAGUGUGGUUUUGUCAACUUCGGAUGAUCUUUUCUACAAUUGUUCAGUCGUAGCUGUACAGAAAUUGCCACGGCAGAUAUACCUACACAAUCAGUAUAGAAUGUAACCAUGCACCAUACAUAAGAGCAACAAAAAAUAAACAGGACUUUCAACCGAGAGGUUGGUGUUGGUGUCCCCUUUGAAACCAAAAGUUUUUGCGUCCGCUACAUAAACUUUCUUGCGUAACGUUCCUUAUUUAAUGUUCUUAACCAACGCCACAAACAUAGAUAUUUUAACCCAACCCACGAUCUUUUCCUAAAGCUAAUCAAGUAGGUUUGUUGCCUAAACUUAACCAAGUAACUUUAGUGUUGUUUGAACUGACAAAGGGACUCCCAGAGCGUUAAAAAGUAAUGCCAAUGGGUCCUGACCAAGCUAACGGCGACCAUUACAAUGUGACUAGAUGAUAAGGGCCUUCUGAACCUUCUAGUACGUGGAGCAGGCCUCUUCUAAACCAUUUCUAUGAGGCAGAUAACCACUGAUAACACCUUUUGAAUGGAGUGUUGACAUUCGAAACGGGUGGAAUAUGUAGGUGUCAAAAGUUCAAAAUUAAUCCAAAUGAGGGAUCAUUCUUGGUAGCUCUAUAGUGAAAUUAUCUGUGGAGAACAUCAUUAUUCUGAACUCUGGGAUUGCUCUGUAGUAGGAGUCUUGUCUUUAAGAUUACCAGUACAAACAAAUAUGAAGUGAUGCUUUUGACACAAAGUCACGUAAAUUGUUGAAGUAAGUGGUAGGUCCCAGAACCCCGGGGGGGACCCAAGGUGUGUAUUAUAUUCAUUUUUAAUUGAAAUGAUAAGGGCCUUAAGGGAACAUUUGCAUCACUACCUAAUCUUAAGGCCCCAUCUUGUAGAGGGGCCCUAAGUUGUAAUCGAGUCUACCCUUUGUGAUUUCGGGAUGUAUAAAUUAUAGGGCGUUUUCACGUUACCACAAAAUAAUUGCUGACUACAGAGUGGGUUAUUCUUGCCCUGUUUGCAUAUUUACGCAAUGCUAGCUAACAAGCAAGCUAAGUUUGCAGGUGUUGGCUUGCCCACAGUGAAUAGCAAAAAGGGCGGUGUGACUGUUUCACCUCCAGUGGCUCUCCACCGUGUUCAGACAGAAGGUGGGGUGUGUCACUCUGAGGAGUGAAUGCGAUACAAUUUUCUAGGAUGUUAAUGUCCAUCAAUUCUAGGAAUGUGGCGUAUCAUGGCAGAGAGCAUGUUGGCGUUGAGCAUGUAAGUUAGAUACUGAUGUUCAGGUUGUUUUUUUUGUUGUCACCAUUGGUGCACAACAAAGUAGUUCAUUUCCAGAGCGAUGUGUUGCCAUGUACUGUUUCUCCUGUUCAAGUCCCUUAUUAAGCUUAUUAAGUUAUAUUGUAGAGAAUUGGGAAGCCUUUGACCAUGACGAUCAGCUUUUCUUCCAUGUUGUUUUAAAGUGCUCAUAUUAUGCUAAUUUUCAGGUUCGUAAUUGUAUUUAGAGGUUAUA